AUGGCAACGGCUAAAAGAGCUCUAAGUUUUCCUAGUUAUAUUGAUAGUCUCAAUGACAUGCAACUAGUAAAUCAACAUAGAAUACCCCAACAAACUAAUAUAAUCCCUGACUGGAAACUACCACCUAGUCCCUUUUAUACUAUUAAUUAUGAUGCUUCAUUUGAUCCUAAAACAGGUCUAACUGGAAUUGCUCUUAUUCUUCGUGACUAUACAGGUAGAUGGCGUGGCGGAAAAUCAAAAUGCUAUGCAGGAGUAAAAGAUUCAGAGAGCGCAGAGUGUCUAGAUUUUUCUGAUGCAGUCAGCUGGACUCAUGAUUUGGAGAAUACGCACAUCAUUUUUGAGACUGAUCUCAAGAAUAUAGAAAGCUACAUCAACAAAACAUUUUCAGGGAUUGCUUGGGAGAAUGAAGACAUACUUUUAGAUACACUUGAUAAGUUAAAAACAAUCCCUCAUUGGAGGUGUAAUUUCAUUCCUAGAUUAUGUAAUAAGUCUGUUGAUAAGCUUGCAAAAUACAACAGGAAAAAUGGUAUUACCCAAACUUGGUCUGAUCAACCGCCAAAACACAUUUAG